AUGCGCCCCGCCUCAGGGACCCUGCCUACCGUUGCCCUCAACCGCCCCUCCGACCCGCGCAUGCGCCGCGACGACGGUCGAGCCCCGCCUCCCACCGCCUUCAACCGCCCCUCCGACCCGCGCAUGCGCCGCUGCGACGGACGAGCCCCGCCCCCUGCCGACUUCAACCGCCCCUCCGACCCGCGCAUGCGCCGCGCAAGCGGCAGCCCAGCCCGCCCAUCGACGCCUACCGCCUCACCGAGCCCACCCGCGCAUGCGCCCCGCCUCAGGGACCCUGCCUACCGUUGCCCUCAACCGCCCCUCCGACCCGCGCAUGCGCCGCGACGACGGGCGAGCCCCGCCCAACGCAGCCCUCAACCGCCCCUCCGACCGCGCAUGCGCCGCUGCGACGGACGAGCCCCGCCCCCCGCCGACUUCAACCGCCCCUCCGACCCUCGCAUGCGCCGCGACGACGGUCGAGCCCCGCCUCCCGCCUCCCUCAACCGCCCCUCCGACCCGCGCAUGCGCCGCUGCGACGGACGAGCCCCGCCCCCCGCCGACUUCAACCGCCCCUCCGACCCGCGCAUGCGCCCCGCCGCCGGACACCGCCCCGCCCUGUCACCCUCAACCGCCCCUCCGACCCGCGCAUGCGCCGCGCAAGCGGCAGCCCAGCCCGCCCAUCGACGCCGGACGCCUCACCGAGCCCACCCGCGCACGCGCCGAGCCUCAGGGAGCCCCGCCCCCCGCAGCCCUCAACCGCCUCUCCGACCCGCGCACGCGCCGCGCCGACGGGCGAGCCCCGCCCAACGCAGCCCUCAACCGCCUCUCCGACCGCGCAUGCGCCGCGCCGACGGCGAGCCCCGCCCCCCCGCCGACUUCAACCGCCCCUCCGACCCGCGCAUGCGCCGCGACGACGGUCGAGCCCCGCCUCCCACCGCCUUCAACCGCCCCUCCGACCCGCGCAUGCGCCGCUGCGACGGACGAGCCCCGCCCCCUGCCGACUUCAACCGCCCCUCCGACCCGCGCAUGCGCCCCGCCGCCGGACACCGCCCCGCCCUGUCACCCUCAACCGCCCCUCCGACCCGCGCAUGCGCCGCGCAAGCGGCAGCCCAGCCCGCCCAUCGACGCCGGACGCCUCACCGAGCCCACCCGCGCACGCGCCGAGCCUCAGGGAGCCCCGCCCCCCCGCAGCCCUCAACCGCUUUUCCGACCGCGCAUGCGCCGCGCCAACGGGCGAGCCCCGCCCAACGCAGCCCUCAACCGCCUCUCCGACCGCGCAUGCGCCGCGCCGACGGGCGAGCCCCGCCCCCCGCCGACUUCAACCGCCCCUCCGACCCGCGCAUGCGCCGCGACGACGGUCGAGCCCCGCCUCCCACCGCCUUCAACCGCCCCUCCGACCCGCGCAUGCGCCGCUGCGACGGACGAGCCCCGCCCCCUGCCGACUUCAACCGCCCCUCCGACCCGCGCAUGCGCCGCGCAAGCGGCAGCCCAGCCCGCCCAUCGACGCCUACCGCCUCACCGAGCCCACCCGCGCAUGCGCCCCGCCUCAGGGACCCUGCCUACCGUUGCCCUCAACCGCCCCUCCGACCCGCGCAUGCGCCGUGCCGACGGACGAGCCCCGCCCCCCCGCCGACUUCAACCGCCCCUCCGACCCGCGCAUGCGCCGCGCCAACGGGCGAGCCCCGCCCAACGCAGCCCUCAACCGCCUCUCCGACCGCGCAUGCACCCUGCCGACGUACGGGCCCCGCCCCCUGCCGACUUCAACCGCCCCUCCGACCCGCGCAUGCGCCGCGCAAGCGGCAGCCCAGCCCGCCCAUCGACGCCGGCCGCCUCACCGAGCCCACCCGCGCAUGCGCCCCGCCUCUGGGAGCCCUGCCUCCCGUCGCCCUCAACCGCCCCCCCGACCCGCGCAUGCGCCGUGCCGACGGCCGAGCCCCGCCUCCCGCCGCCCUCAACUGCCUCUCCGACCGCGCAUGCGCCCUGCCGACGUACGAGCCCCGGCCCCCGCCGACUUCAACCGCCCCUCCGACCAGCGCCUGCGCCCCGCCGCCAGACACCGCCCUGCCUCUUGUCACCCUCAACCGCCCGUCCGACCCGCGCAUGCGCCGCCCCGACGGACGCAGGCCCCACCAUGCGCCUCAGGGAGCCCCGCCCAACACCGCCCUCAACCGCCCCUCCGCUGUGCGCAUGCGCCACUGCGUCCGCCACGCCUCCCGUGGGGUGGGGUCUUCCAGGCGGACCUGCGCCUCAUGGAAUCGGCCCCGUGGCCUCCCUCAGCUACCCCGCGCAUGCGCCACCGCGCUUCAGGGCGCCCCGCCCAUAGCCUCCCGCAACAGCCCCGCCACUCUGCGCAUGCGCCACUCCGCCCGCUCCCCGCCCCCCCCCCGGGGCCGCGCGUCACUGCGCCUCAGGGAGCCCCGCCCAUGGCCACCUUCAACGCCCCCACCGCUCUGCGCAUGCGCCACUCCGCCUACCCCACUCCUCAGCACCACGCAUGCGCCUCCGCGCCUAAAGGAGCCCCGCCCACGGUCCUCUGCAAUGGCCCCACCACUGCGCAUGCGCCACUCCGCCCGCUUCCCGCCCUCGGGGUAG